AUGGCACGCAUAGAUGCGGGGAGUGAUCAGUUUGUGAUUUUACCAAUCCAGAUGCCGCCCUGCCCAUCCUUCCCCGAAACCGCCGUCCACGAAAUCCGCCUACGACGAAAUGCGCCCAAGAUUGCGACUGCGAACGACUCGCGCACACUGUUCCUGAAGAAUAUUCCAGCCGAUAGCACAGAACAACAUUUCCGCGCCGUAUUCACGCAGCUCGUCGGCGCGGGCCGCUUCGAGGGCAUCAGCUUUGAGGACGAGGGCAGUGCCACGCAUUCCCUCGAUCCUGCGCAGACUGUCAAGAUAAAUACGAUAGCGAAGAAGCGCAAGCGAGACGAUGUGGAGCUGGAAGAAGAAGAAAAAGAAAGACAAGCGAUACAACUACCCGAGAUCUGGACGAGGAAGCUUUUACGAAGCAGCAGCACCGCCGUCGUGCUUCUUGCUGACGAGAAGAGCGUGCAGCUAGUUCUGAAGGCUAUUUCAAAGGCCAACAAGACGAAGAAAUACCCAGUCUGGGAGGACGAGUCAUCGCGCGGCGUAUCACCACUUGGCGUACCCUGGAUAUCCUCCCACUUGCGAGACUCGCGGGUGGACAAGGCGGCGGCUCGAAGGUCGGUGCACGCUUUCUUCAACGCCUUCAAUCGCAAGGAGAAGGAAGCCAUCGAGCUGGCCAAGAGACUGCGCAACGAGCCUGAUGAGGACGGUUUCGUUACGGUCACACGUGGUGGUCGCACGGCGCCCGCCAGCAAGUACGAGGCUGAGGAGGCCAAGCGUCGCAUGGUGGAGAAGGACAGCAAGAAGAAGUCCGAGAUGACAGACUUUUACCGCUUCCAACUACGCGCGCGCCGCAAGGAUGAGCAAGCCGCUUUGAUGAAGAGGUUCCAACAGGACAGGGAAAAGGUCAAUGCCAUGAAAGAGAAGCGCGGCAAGUUCAGACCGGAGGCAUGA